AUGAUGGCAGCAUUGGCCCUGUCCUGGUAUCUCUGCCUGGCCGUGGCUCUCCUCUGUGGCUCCCCCUGGCCCCAAGGACACUCAGCUCUGGCCCCUGAGAACGAGGUGUCACUCCGCCCCACCGCCUGGCUGUCUGAUGGAAAGGUCACCUCCAUACAUCUGCCCAAAGGACGCACCCGGAGGUAGAGUAUAGAGACCACAUCAGGGGAGGUGGAUAGUAUUGCACACUAAAUGUUUAUGUUCCGUGUCCUGGACAAAGAUUGAAAUACUUAAGAGAGGCCCCUGUUUAAAAUGCUGUCACUACAGUAGGCUAUGUAAUACAAGCUCCCUAAAUGGUAAUUUCCUGUGUAAUUCUUCAUGGGUUUGAGCAAAAACAAUGAUAGCCUUAAUCUUAAUAGCCAUUUCUUUGGUUGUUGGAAAGGCCCCAUGGGCAGGAAGAGGAAGAGCAGCCCACUUGGCUUUGGCUCUGCUGAUCAUGUCAGUGGUAGAGCUCUAACACUGGGAGCUGUAAAUUGGAAUAUGGGCAUCACUGUGAGCUGCCCAUCUGUCCAUCGAUGCAGUCGUGCAUUACGAAACAGAUUGUUUUUUAACUGAGAAAAACAUCCGCUAAUUAUGAUUGUAAUUAAUCAAUCAGUUAAACUAUGUAUUGCCCUUGACAAUGUUAGCACGGCACAGCUGUUGAGAAACAGCAGCAUAUCAGCAGUUGAUCCAGAAAAUACAUGUAAAAGAAUGAUAAUACUUUUCAACGGGCAGAGUAAAUAUUCAGGAGCCUAUGACAACAUAGAGGUCAAUUGCAUCUCAAUAUUGAAUGUCUCACCUUGAUGAGUUAUGUUGGUGAAAGUACAAAGAUGAUCAAAUAAUGAUGUCAGAGUCAGUCGGUGAUUGAUAAUGAUGUCAUGGUUAAUUGGUGAGUUUAAAUCUAAUUAUAUUGUGAAGGAGAUGAACAAUAAGCUUGUAGAAGGAGACCAGAAUGUCUAAGCACAGAAAUGUGGUGUUGGCUUGCCACAUGUAUAGUCUAACAUUGUGUGUCCAUAGUCUGCAGUUCUGUGGAUUGUCAUCCCACACGGUGAGGAGGGAUAUCUAAUGUAGCAAUCCAAUGACAAAUGUUUCCUGGUCCUAUAAUUGCCCAACAUUCCAAAGCAACAUUGCUGUCUUUAUGCUAAGCACGAUUUUAGACGGUUAUAGCAAAGAGAUAUCCAUCUGUACAGCGCAGGUCGAUGGAAGCUUAUCACAGAUCAUUAGUUGACCUCUCCUUGUUUGCUUUACGAGCUUAUCAGUGUCUGGGAGAAACAAAGGAGUAGACAUUUUCUAAAAACGCUUGGAAUGCUUUGACGGCUACAGUUUGAUUUUACAGUACUUUUCUUAGUUAUGUUAUUACAUUUGUAAGGGGGAAGAAAAAUACAUUAGAAAUUCAUAGACAAUCCCUUUUUCGUGUGGUACCUAUCUUCGUGCAGACUGUACUUCACACUGAAGAAGAAGGUUGUGAUGAUGUCUGUGACCGUCAGUCCCUGUGACCUCCCCAUCGAAUGGACCCUCGCAGCCCGAACCCUGAAGGACAAACCACCUAAGAGUCUACACUGUGAGUGGGAAACACUGAUAGACAAUAAAAGCAACUACACACAACACCCUAUCACAUGCAAUUCCUAUUCAUAUCAAUUCAGAUUCAUUACACCACAAUUCAAUUCACAUUGGAGCAAUUUAUUUUUGACAUAGUGUCCAUUAAAAGACUAACCCUGGUCAUAAAUGUCUACAAGAUAGGAGAGACUUAAUCAGUCCAUUGGUCUUGCUCUCUCUUUCCACCUCUCUCUCUCUUUUCCUCUCUCCCUCUCUCUUACUCACACACACAGCACUGAGCCCAGGAUACUGAAUAAAACAGGUCUAGUAUAUCACUGGACAAUCUGUCCAACCAUUUUACCUUCAAAGCAAGAAAGACAGUAAUAUAUCUAAAUGUCACACUUUUUUCCUGAAUGUAAGAGAGAUUAGACUGACAUUUGUAUUAAAGUAUGAUUAUAUCUGGCUCACAUACAGUAUUGCCAAUACUUGAGGAUAAGAGUUUUUAAAUUUUCCAUUUAAAAUAACAUAUACAGUGGGGAGAACAAGUAUUUGAUACACUGCCGAUUUUGCAGGAUUUCCUACUUACAAAGCAUGUAGAGGUCUGUAAUUUUUAUCAUAGGUACACUUCAACUGUGAGAGACAGAAUAUAAAACCAAAAUCCAGAAAAUCACAUUGUAUGAUUUUUAAGUAAGUCAUUUGCAGUGAGAAUUCCGGCUCUCACAGACCUGUUCGUUUUUCUUUAAGAAGCCCUCCUGUUCUCCACUCAUUACCUGUAUUAACUGCACCUGUUUGAACUCGUUACCUGAAUAAAAGACACCUGUCCACACACUCAAUCAAACAGACUCCAACCUCUCCACAAUGGCCAAGACCAGAGAGCUGUGUAAGGACAUCAGGGAUAAAAUUGUAGACCUGCACAAGGCUGGGAUGGGCUACAGGACAAUAGGCAAGCAGCUUGGUGAGAGGGCAACAACUGUUGGCACAAUUAUUAGAAAAUGGAAGAAGUUCAAGAUGACGGUUAAUCACCCUCGGUCUGGGGCUCCAUGCAAGAUCUCACCUCGUGGGGCAUCAAUGAUCAUGAGGAAGGUGAGGGAUCAGCCCAGAACUACACGGCAGGACCUGGUCAAUGACCUGAAGACCUGAAAAUCAUUAGUAACACACUACGCCGUCAUGGAUUAAAAUCCUGCAGUGCACGCAAGGUCCCCCUGCUCAAGCCAGCGCAUGUCCAGGCCCGUCUGAAGUUUGCCAAUGACCAUCUGGAUGAUCCAGAGGAGGAAUGGGAGAAGGUCAUGUGGUCUGAUGAGACAAAAAUUGAGCUUUUUGGUCUAAACUCCACUCACCGUGUUUGGAGGAAGAAGAAGGAUGAGUACAACCCCAAAAAACCAUCCCAACCGUGAAGCAUGGAGGUGGAAACAUUAUUUGGGGAUACUUUUCUGCAAAGGGGACAGGACGACUGCAUCGUAUUGAGGGGAGGAUGGAUGGGGCCAUGUAUCGCGAGAUCUUGGCCAACAACCUCCUUCCCUCAGUAAGAGCAUUGAAGAUGGGUCGUGGCUGGGUCUUCCAGCAUGACAACGACCCGAAACACACAGCCAGGGCAACUAAGGAGUGGCUCCGUAAGAAGCAUCUCAAGGUCCUGGAGUGGCCUAGCCAGUCUCCAGACCUGAACCCAAUAGAAAAUCUUUGGAGGGAGCUGAAAGUCCGUAUUGCCCAGCGACAGCCCCGAAACCUGAAAGAUCUGAAGAAGGUCUGUAUGGAGGAAUGGGCCAAAAUCCCUGCUGCAGUGUGUGCAAACCUGGUCAAGACCUACAUGAAACGUAUGAUCUCUGUAAUUGCAAACAAAGGUUUCUGUACCAAAUAUUAAGUUCUGCUUUUCUGAUAUAUCAAAUACUUACAGUGGGGAAAAAAAGUAUUUAGUCAGCCACCAAUUGUGCAAGUUCUCCCACUUAAAAAGAUAAGAGAGGCCUGUAAUUUUCAUCAUAGGUACACGUCAACUAUGACAGACAAAUUGAGAUUUUUUUUUCCAGAAAAUCACAUUGUAGGAUUUUUAAUGAAUUUAUUUGCAAAUUAUGGUGGAAAAUAAGUAUUUGGUCACCUACAAACAAGCAAGAUUUCUGGCUCUCACAGACCUGUAACUUCUUCUUUAAGAGGCUCCUCUGUCCUCCACUCGUUACCUGUAUUAAUGGCACCUGUUUGAACUUGUUAUCAGUAUAAAAGACACCUGUCCACAACCUCAAACAGUCACACUCCAAACUCCACUAUGGCCAAGACCAAAGAGCUGUCAAAGGACACCAGAAACAAAAUUGUAGACCUGCACCAGGCUGGGAAGACUGAAUCUGCAAUAGGUAAGCAGCUUGGUUUGAAGACAUCAACUGUGGGAGCAAUUAUUAGGAAAUGGAAGACAUACAAGACCACUGAUAAUCUCCCUCGAUCUGGGGCUCCACGCAAGAUCUCACCCCGUGGGGUCAAAAUGAUCACAAGAACGGUGAGCAAAAAUCCCAGAACCACACGGGGGGACCUAGUGAAUGACCUGCAGAGAGCUGGGACCAAAGUAACAAAGCCUACAAUCAGUAACACACUACGCCGCCAGGGACUCAAAUCCUGCAGUGCCAGACGUGUCCCCCUGCUUAAGCCAGUACAUGUCCAGGCCCGUCUGAAGUUUGCUAGAGUGCAUUUGGAUGAUCCAGAAGAGGAUUGGGAGAAUGUCAUAUGGUCAGAUGAAACCAAAAUAGAACUUUUUGGUAAAAACUCAACUCGUCGUGUUUGGAGGACAAAGAAUGCUGAGUUGCAUCCAAAGAACACCAUACCUACUGUGAAGCAUGGGGGUGGAAACAUCAUGCUUUGGGGCUGUUUUUCUGCAAAGGGACCAGGACGACUGAUCCGUGUAAAGGAAAGAAUGAAUGGGGCCAUGUAUCGUGAGAUUUUGAGUGAAAACCUCCUUCCAUCAGCAAGGGCAUUGAAGAUGAAACGUGGCUGGGUCUUUCAGCAUGACAAUGAUCCCAUACAAACCGCCCGGGCAACGAAGGAGUGGCUUCGUAAGAAGCAUUUCAAGGUCCUGGAGUGGCCUAGCCAGUCUCCAGAUCUCAACCCCAUAGAAAAUCUUUGGAGGGAGUUGAAAGUCCAUGUUGCCCAGCGACAGCCCCAAAACAUCACUGCUCUAGAGGAGAUCUGCAUGGAGGAAUUGGCCAAAAUACCAGCAACAGUGUGUGAAAACCUUGUGAAGACUUAGAAAACGUUUGACCUGUGUCAUUGCCAACAAAGGGUAUAUAACAAAUUAUUGACAAAACUUUUGUUAUUGACCAAAUACUUAUUUUCCACCAUAAUUUGCAAAUAAAUUCAUAAAAAAUCCUACAAUGUGAUUUUCUGGAUUUCUUUUUCUCAUUUUGUCUGUCAUAGUUGACGUGUACCUAUGAUGAAAAUUACAGGCCUCUCUCAUCUUUUUAAGUGGGAGAACUUGCACAAUUGGUGGCUGACUAAAUACUUUUUUCCCCACUGUAUGUCAUGCAAUAAAAUGCAAAUUAAUUACUUAAAAAUACAAUGUGAUUUUCUGGAUUUUUAUUUUAGAUUCCGUCUGUGGUGUCUCGAAAUAUGUUGCUAAUUAUGCUGUGAUGAUAAGAAGUCCGCUUACACUGUACUUUGAUUAUAAAGGUUUAUUGUAUCAAAGAUCACAGUAUCAAUUUACAGACAUCUGCAGAUAUCUGGAGAACAACGGCCCAAUCUGUUAAUAUGUUGUUUCUUUCCGUCCUUUGUUCAAAACAUGGUAUUUAUCCUAUGUAACAUAAGAUGGGUGGUUUUUGACAGUUUUCACAUAUCUCCAAAUGUCCUAUAUUCCAAGAAGCCUAUGUAGCAAUGCUUUUCCAAAUGCUUCAGCAAAGCAGAGUAAAGAUCAUCUAUUACACCAUUUGCAAAUGUCAGGAAAAUCAAUAGACCUUCAGACACUACAUAUUUCCCCCCUUCGAGACUAAUUAAGUCUCGAAAACAAAAAGAAUAGGAUUAUGACAAAUAACAAUUUUUAUUAUUGAGUAACUUCAGCAAUAAACCAUAAUUUUUGGAGAGUAAACACAUGUUUAUAUAGACACAUUUUUGUAUGGGGUGUAAAUAAAUUGUUAUGGAGUGUAAGAGCGAAAAACCUGUCUGGCAGCUUUCAUUCCAAAUAUCCAUCAAUCAAUCAAGACAGGAAAUUUCUCUCACGGCCCCUCUGCACCAGGCGACCACCUAAGUACUCCAGAUCAAUUCAUAAAUCUUUAUCAAUGCAUUUUAAGCUAUGAUGCAAUUGAAUACACAUGAAAACCUCAGCAAACAAAAUACAAUCAAAAAUGUCCACAUUCAGGCUGGUCGACCCAUCGGACCCUCCUGUGGAUUCUCUCUAUCCCUGCCUAGAUCCAAUAUCCCUAAGCUUCAACGAAAUAAACAAAAACAUCUGAGGUCCCCACAUGUACCCAACAACAGAAAACAUCAUUCUUCAAAAAUAAUACAGAAAGAAUAUGACACAAAUUAUGUAUUACACAUGCAAAUAUGUCUAUAUAUCAUUGUAGACACUGGAAUGUAGUCCACUACACUUCAUCUCCUCAGUAGUGUUGACUUCCAAUGAAACGUCGAUGAUGGAAUCUGAACAUUUCCACACCUUCCUUGUUCCACUUCCUCCAGUCCAUUCAUAUUGUCCAUGUUUGAGUAUUUGAAUCCCCUCUACACAUUCCCCCAUAUGCUUCUGGAAGAAAAGAAAAGACCAAGCAGUAUCUUUUGCAAAACAACACAUUCAAAUUAAAACGUCAAUAUCAACUAAAAAUGAUAUAUCAAAUUAUAUAUAAAAUGAAUCACAUCCCAUUUCCCCCUUUGAUUCAUAAGAAAAUACUAAAUAUCACAAUAAUAUGUAAAGACCUGAAAAAUUAUCACACAAUCAGAUAUUGAACAUUUCCUAGAGUUACUUCAACCCUAGUUUUCAUAACAUUUUAGUCUGACUUUUCUCCUAACUGGUCUAGGCCUACUUUGUCUAACCGAAUCACCAGCUUCUCCUGUAACAGAGUUGCCCUUGGUGAUCUCCGCGGUUUCACAUUCCACUGAAAUAUUCCCUGUUGUUUCUGGGACGUAUUGAAAAUCAAUGUCCCCAAAUCUCCUUUCCUUUCCAUCCAUUGCAGAGUCAUCUCUGGCAUCAUCAGAAGUGUACACAUUAUCAUCAACGUUGUCCACAACAUGGACAAUCUCUCCUUCUGGGUUUUGACUCUGGAUAUUGUCAUGCAUCUCUCCUUCCGCCUGUUCUUCCCUAUCUUCAUCCUGCUCUCUUGAGCCUUCAACAUCCUGUCUCUCUGUGCGUGGCACCACUUCUCCAGGCGCUUUAACACAAUGUGACAAAUGAUACCACGUCGGAGACCCUUUAACCUGGACAGCUGUUCCAGUACUAUGAACAACUUCAAAUGGUCCUUCACGACGUGCGUUAUACCACUUCCUUCUAAAUACCUUCACGAACACCUUGUCCCCAGGUUGCACUGUACUCCUUUUAAUUUUAUUCAAGCCAAAUACCCGUGUGCCCAGUGUUAAUAAUUCCUAUAGACAUUCCCCCCUGUUUGCGUUGUUCCCAACGCAAACAAAUUUAGAAAUUUAGAACGGACUCUCAUCCCACAGCAAAUAACAGCAAAGCGCACACACAAGUACUUUGACGGUACAUCUCCUCAAUGCACAUACAGACACAAGCACACAAACUGACCAGCGCCCAAAACUGUGAGAAAUCUCACCUUAUCUGCCGGCAUCUUGAGCGGGAGUCACCUCGCAGCCCAUGAAUGGAAUGCUGUGAAAAGACGUAAUACGUCCCAAAGGUUCCUCGUCGCCAUUUUGUGGUGUCUCGAAAGAUGUUGCUAAUUAUGCUGUGAUGAUAAGAAGUCCGCUUACACUGUACUUUGAUUAUAAAGGUUUAUUGUAUCAAAGAUCACAGUAUCAAUUUACAGACAUCUGCAGAUAUCUGGAGAACAACGGCCCAAUCUGUUAAUAUGUUGUUUCUCUCCGUCCUUUGUUCAAAACAUGGUAUUUAUCCUAUGUAACAUAAGAUGGGUGGUUUUUGACAGACCAAUCCCCGGCUUUCACAUAUCUCCAAAUGUCCUCUAUUCCAAGAAGCCUAUGUAGCAAUGCUUUUCCAAAUGCUUCAGCAAAGCAGAGUAAAGUUCAUCUAUUACACCAUUUGCAAAUGUCAGCAAAAUCAAUAGACCUUCAGACACUACACGUCUCUCACAGUUGAAGUGUACCUAUGAUAAAAAUUACAGACCUCUACAUGCUUUGUAAGUAGGAAAACCUGAAAAAUCGGCAGUGUAUCAAAUACUUGUUCUCCCCACUGUACAGAGGGUUCUGCUUUUUAAAAUUACUUUUUUAAAUAGAUAUAUAGAUAGAUUUGUACAGAAUGGCAUGCAAGUACUAGCCUAUACAGUAUAAACUGAAAUUCAGCUUAAUUCUGACCUUUACCAAAAUGUCUCAUAUUCAUGCCCAAUAGUUUUUAUUUGCGCUUCUAUGGGCUAAGUAAAACCCAAAAUAGAGCAAAUCUGGUGGAAACCUCUCCAAGAGUUGCAGAAAUAAAACUUGAGGGACAAAAUAGACAGCUACAUAACUACAUUAAAUAAAAAAAAUAUUAAAAAAUCUCUCGUUGCGCACAAAAAGGUCAGUUACCAUCAAUUAAACACAAAAGUAGCCUAUUUAGGCUAGCAAUGAUGUCAUGCAACAUCCUCCAUGGUCCUCACCAGCCUGCUUAGUUAAAAUCAGUGGGUAUUCUAGAUGGACAAACGAACAGCUUUAUGAAGUUAUACUGUGACACAUAAAUCAUUCAGUGUGAACCCUAGGUUCCCCAACGUCUGCCUAAAUGAUUCACUUUAAUUGUGUAACAUUUGGACUCCUUUUAUUUCCCAAAGUAAGGAGAAAUGAUAAAGGAUGAUGGUGAAAAGGGGUUUACAGUGGGGGAAAAAAGUAUUUAGUCAGCCACCAAUUGUGCAAGUUCUCCCACUUAAAAAGAUGAGAGAGGCCUGUAAUUUUCAUCAUAGGUACACGUCAAAUAUGACAGACAAAAUGAGGGAAAAAAAUCCAGAAAAUCCCAUUGUAGGAUUUUUUAUGAAUUUAUUUGCAAAUUAUGGUGGAAAAUAAGUAUUUGGUCAAUAACAAAAGUUUCUCAAUACUUUGUUAUAUACCCUUUGUUGGCAAUGACACAGGUCAAACGUUUUCUGUAAGUCUUCACAAGGUUUUCACACACUGUUGCUGGUAUUUUGGCCCAUUCCUCCAUGCAGAUCUCCUCUAGAGCAGUGAUGUUUUGGGGCUGUCGCUAGGCAACACGGACUUUCAACUCCCUCCAAAGAUUUUCUAUGGGGUUGAGAUCUGGAGACUGGCUAGGCCACUCCAGGACCUUGAAAUGCUUCUUACGAAGCCACUCCUUCGUUGCCCGGGCGGUGUGUUUGGGAUCAUUGUCAUGCUGAAAGACCCAGCCACGUUUCAUCUUCAAUGCCCUUGCUGAUGGAAGGAGGUUUUCACUCAAAAUCUCACAAUACAUGGCCCCAUUCGUUCUUUCCUUUACACGGAUCAGUCGUCCUGGUCCCUUUGCAGAAAAACAGCCCCAAAGCAUGAUGUUUCCACCCCCAUGCUUCACAGUAGGUAUGGUGUUCUUUGGAUGCAACUCAGCAUUCUUUGUCCUCCAAACACGACGAGUUGAGUUUUUACCAAAAAGUUAUAUUUUGGUUUCAUCUGACCAUAUGACAUUCUCCCAAUCCUCUUCUGGAUCAUCCAAAUGCACUCUAGCAAACUUCAGACGGGCCUGGACAUGUACUGGCUUAAGCAGGGGGACACAUCUGGCACUGCAGGAUUUGAGUCCCUGGCGGCGUAGUGUGUUACUGAUGGUAGGCUUUGUUAUUUUGGUCCCAGCUCUCUGCAGGUCAUUCACUAGGUCCCCCCGUGUGGUUCUGGGAUUUUUGUUCACCGUUCUUGUGAUCAUUUUGACCCCACGGGGUGAGAUCUUGCGUGGAGCCCCAGAUCGAGGGAGAUUAUCAGUGGUCUUGUAUGUCUUCCAUUUCCUAAUCAUUGUUCCCACAGUUGAUUUCUUCAAACCAAGCUGCUUACCUAUUGCAGAUUCAGUCUUCCCAGCCUGGUGCAGGUCUACACAUUUGUUUCUGGUGUCCUUUGACAGCUCUUUGGUCUUGGCCAUAGUGGAGUUUGGAGUGUGACUGUUUGAGGUUGUGGACAGGUGUCUUUUAUACUGAUAACAAGUUCAAACAGGUGCCAUUAAUACAGGUAACAAGUGGAGGACAGAGGAGCCUCUUAAAGAAUAAGUUACAGGUCUGUGAGAGCCAGAAAUCUUGGUUGUUUGUAGGUGACCAAAUACUUAUUUUCCACCAUAAUUUGCAAAUAAAUUCAUUAAAAAUCCUACAAUGUGAUUUUCUGGAUUUUUUUUCUCUCAUUUUGUCUGUCAUAGUUGACGUGUACCUAUGAUGAAAAAUACAGGCCUCUCUCAUCUUUUUAAGUGGGAGAACUUGCACAAUUGGUGGCUGACUAAAUACUUUUUUCCCCACUGUAUAUGAAUAAGGGAAAAUCUUCUUUGCACUUCAUUGAUUAUAGUUGACUACUGUAUUCAUUAAAAGUUAUCAAGAUAUGUUUUGAACAGUAAGACUGUCUCUUCAAUGAGUGUGAAUGUAUGUUCUGUCUAGUGAGUGUAAGUAUGUGUGUGCAUGUAUGAGGCAGAAUAUUAAUGACCUGUGGCUUAACAGUGUUUUCUGCACAGGGAGUACCAAGAAGAGUAUGCCAGAGGUGUGGUGGAGAGGGCCUGGGACUGAGGCCAAGAUACACACCAACACUGGCAACACCAUGGACACCUACACAGGUCCUUCCUACGCCCCAGCAUCUAUCUAUAUCCUCAGGCUGCGCCCCAAGGACCAGGACACCAGGGCUACCGUGUACCUCCAUCAGGGCUCUGGGCCCUCAGGGGCCUUCCCAGAGCUUCCCUCUGACCCCCGUGUCCACACCCUGGGUGUAGGAAUGACCAGUGUCACCCUCAGCUGGGGCCCCAGUGCCUCCCUCACAAGGCUGCCGCACACCCAACGCAGCUAUGACUACUGUGUCCUUGUCAACCGCAAACACAACUACCGCAACCUCUGUGCCGCCCGGGAGGGCAUCAGGAAAGAGCGGGAGAAAGACAAGAAAAGGGAGAAGAAGAACAAACAGAGGAAAGUAACUGUGUGGCCGAUUCUCAAAGACUGGUGGUGGCAGCAGUGGGAUUCUGACACUGAGCUCCGGUCACCUGCUGCGGUCCGUGAUGAGCAUGAUGAUCUCCAAUGUGUUUGUAAGGGAACAGAGAGCGUGUGCACUGUUUCAGAGCUUGUCCCUGACACGCAGUACUACUUUGACGUCUUUUUGAUUGACAGGCUAAAUGGAACCAGUGCAGCAUACACUGGAACGUUCGCUCAAACACAUGAGGAGGCCCGACCAGCUAUCACACCACUCAGGGAAGGAGAGCUCCGGUGGGUGACCUUCCGGGAUGGAGGCUCAACCUCUGUGGAGUUCUUUAGCUUCCGUCCCCGGGGUUGGCAGCAGAGUGGCCUGCUCACUCUCCAGAGCUGCGGAAGCAGUGAGAAGAUCAAGGUAACAGUCUCCAGUAAGGGCCAAGAGCUGAGCUCCCAAGCUGUGGGAGAAGACCUGGCUCAGAUCUGGCUCCAGGGCAGCCCCUCCUACCUCAUACACCUGGAGAGAGAGGGAACUGCGCCCCCCAGACAAGCUUCUCCAGGGGCGCUGAAAGCCUCUGUUAAGAUGCAGGCAUCCUCUGCUUACCAUCGUCAAGGGGUACCUUCGCUCCCCUCCAGCCUGCAGAUUAAGUCUUUCAACAGGCUGAGGAGCUGUGAAUCCGUCACCCUGGCCUGGAUGGGAACAGAGGAGAGGAGCCUAUACUGCGUGUACCGCCGGAGGCUGGGUAAGGGCAAGGGGGAGAAGGGAGGUACGGCACCCUGCCUGGGGCCUGAGUCACGGUCGGACACUGAGAGGGUCCUGUGUAAAUACUUCCAGGAGCUCAACCCUCGGCGGGCUGUCACGACAGCCGUGAUCGGGGGCCUGGAGCCUGGGGUGGCCUACAUGUUUGAUGUCUAUCUAAUGAGACGCUGGGGGAUCCCCAUAAAGUACAGCAGCAAGACAGUGAGAACCAGGAAGGAGUGCUGA